AUGCCCCUUUGUAGGCCCAUCUCUCCCCUGGAAAACUCAUUGGUUCUUGCCUUGCAGGGGGCACCCUGGGGUAAGAUCCCCAUUGAUCUCUUACCAGGGAGGCUUCCUCUCUGUAUUGGCGACUCUGGGCAUGAUGGAGCCUGGGGAUUGUUUGUCCUGCCGUCCUUUCUGAAAAAGCACAUCUGUCCACACACCGCUUCCUCGAGAAGCACUUCAGCCAGUGCUUACCUUGUCUGCACAUGGGUGGGUUACACGGCUGACUUAAGCAGGGCCUGGAGGGCAGCCUUGGGCUGGGGCUGUGGGUUUGAAGAUAAGCCCGAGUGA